ACCACAGUCAGUGAAGGGGGUGGGCGCCACUCUGCUGCACUAAACCAAGGAGAAAAGGUGGGCGGGAGACUGAGGAAAAAAAGAGAAUCACAUAGAGGAAACAAGGAAAGAGAAGAAAGUGUCCAUAGCACCGGGUGGAUUUUUCCAGAGCACCGAUGUUGGAACACUCUUCUGAGCUGGCCCUGGUGCAGAGUCUGUAUGCCAACAGCAUGCGCUGUCCCCCCUCUGUGGCCGGGAUCUCUGUCAGGAAUGAGGACCUGCCUAUGAGCAACGGCAGCAAGAUGAACGGGUCACUGGAGCACUUGGAUCAGCCAGACCCAGAUGCCAUCAAGAUGUUUGUGGGACAGAUUCCACGCUCCUGGUCAGAAACAGAACUAAAAGAACUUUUUGAGCCCUUUGGAGCUGUUUACCAGAUCAACAUCCUCCGUGAUCGUACCCAAAACCCUCCUCAAAGCAAAGGAUGCUGUUUUGUAACUUUUUAUACAAGAAAAGCUGCACUGGAGGCCCAGAAUGCACUGCACAACAUAAAGACCUUAAGUGGGAUGCAUCAUCCUAUCCAGAUGAAACCUGCGGACAGUGAGAAAACAAGCGCGGUGGAAGACAGAAAACUCUUUGUCGGAAUGGUUUCAAAGAAAUACGGCGAGAACGAGGUCAGAAUGAUGUUCUCGUCUUUUGGACAAAUAGAAGAGUGUCGAAUUCUCCGGGGACCAGAUGGUCAAAGCAGAGGCUGUGCGUUUGUCACAUUUGCUACCAGGGCAAUGGCACAGAAUGCAAUCAAAACCAUGCAUCACUCUCAAACUAUGGAGGGCUGUUCCUCACCUUUGGUGGUGAAGUUUGCCGACACACAGAGGGAUAAAGAGCAGCGGCGCCUGCAGCAGCAGCUGGUGCAGCAAAUUCAGCAGCUUAAUAGCGCCUCCACUUGGGGAAACCUGGCAGGCCUGAGCACCCUUACGCCGCAGUACCUGGCUUUGCUCCAGCAGGCCACAUCAACCAGUAAUCAAGGCAAUUUCAAUGGUAUUCAGAGGUUAGGAGCGGCGGGGGUGAAUCCUCUUCAGUUGCAGAACUUGGCCACAUUGGCUGCUGCUGCGGCUGCAGCUCAGGGUUCUGCCAGCCCUGCCUCAACCAAUGCCUUGUCUACAAACAGCGGAGCCUUGGGUGCUCUGGCCAGUCCAGGUGGGUCAACAGCAGGUUCCAGUGCCGGUGCUGCCAUGAACACGUUGGCAACUCUGGGCACGCUUCAGGGUCUCACUGGGGCUUCUGUUGGACUCAACAACCUCACUGCUCUAACCAGCAGCGUCAGUGGUAUGGGGGCCAUGAAUGGUGGCUUGGGAGCCUCCAUGGCCAAUGGGUCUGCUACCAGCUCCAUGGAUGCACUGACUCAGGCCUACUCAGGGAUGCAGCAGUACACAGCCUCCGCCCUGCCCUCCCUCUACAGCCAGUCCCUGCUGCAGCAGAGUGUGGCUGGCAGUCAAAAGGAAGGAGUAGGACCAGAGGGCGCCAACUUGUUUAUCUACCACCUGCCGCAGGAGUUUGGGGACCAGGAUCUUCUGCAGAUGUUCAUGCCUUUUGGGAAUGUGGUCUCUGCCAAAGUCUUUAUCGACAAACAGACCAAUCUGAGCAAGUGCUUUGGGUUCGUCAGCUAUGACAAUCCUGUGUCUGCACAAGCUGCCAUACAGGCCAUGAACGGUUUCCAGAUUGGAAUGAAGAGGCUGAAGGUUCAGCUGAAGCGUUCCAAGAACGACAGCAAACCCUACUGAUCCCUGCCUGGGGUCGUCCCCCCCACCCCUCCCCAGCUCUAAUGCUAGCACUGCUAGGGUAAGUUCACCCUCCAGCCAAGGUCACCACAGCAGAGACUCAGUAGGGCAAGGUUAAAAAAGCCCAGCACAGGAGGGAGACUUACCCUUUCACUUAAAAAAAAAAAAAAGAAAAAAAAGAGAGAGGAAAAAAAAUGGUCGCAAUGAUCUUUCUACAUUUUGCUGUAUUUCAUUCCUGCGGUUUUAUGAUAUACUUUGAGUCUGAUUUUAAAUAUUUUAAUGUAUAUGAUUAUUUAUGAGUAUCACUGGAGUCAGUGUUCGCUGGAGGUAUUUUGUGUCACUGUAUUUAGUGGAGAGCAUCAAAUGUUUCCAUGCCACUUCAUUGCCUUCAGGUCAAGCUAGACGGGUUGACUAAGGAUCAGUUGUAGUGUUGAAGGGCUGAAGCAAAGCUACAUGGACCCUGGGCCCUGAGCUUCAACCUACAUUUGGCUUUUUAUGUGUAGUCUUUCAGAUUUUUUUAUUUUAUUUAAUUUUUUUUUGUAUCGCUGUUAAUGUGAAAAUCUUUUGCAGUCUAGACCUUUCAGUCUUUCAUCCCUUCAUCUUUGUCUCUGUUCUUUCAUGAUCUAAGCCAUGUUGAGCUAGGCUACCUCUGUUUCUUUAUUAACAACCUCCUCCAGUCAUUCCAUCCAUCCUCCAAGUCUCCCACAAGGGACUGGCUCUAGAUGGAUCUCUUUGGGUGCCAAGUAUACAGUAUGUGCAUGUCAGUCUGCCAUAUGUCCUGGUGGUGUCACUUCCUUAAAUCUGUGUAUUGUUUUUGUGUGUCGGGGAAGAGGGUGUGUUGACCCCCACUGUCCUUACUGUAUGUGGUGACUGGCAUUAUUUUUGUUGGUUUUUGUGCCUCAUGGCUAAACGAUUCUUGUGCUGUGCCCCUAACUUUCUCUUCUCUCUUCUUUGUUCUGUCUCUCCUCUCUUGUCGUGUUUUUGUUCCUUUUUUAGAACAAAUCUCCAUGCCUGUUUGCUCAUCAUUAGCCUAGCAUGUCUUCAUGAUGUUGAAAGCCAAGCCAAACCCCUGGCCUCAUCAUCCCACCAUUGUCUGUGAUGUCUCUCUAAGCUCGCCUGACCAAUACCUGGCCACCCACUGACCCUGACCUUAGCUCAACCUGAUUUUUUCUGCAUGUAUAUUCAUUUGUUUUUUGCUUUUUCUGUAUAGAAAUGUGACGGGCAGGAGAGAGGUCAAGCAAAUCAAUGUGAAAACUUACCUGCGUUGAAUUCAUUUAAUGAGAUUUUGUUUAUGCGAAUGUUUUAAAAACCUGUGGGAUUUCUUACUUUUAAUUUAGCUUUUUUUUAUGUUGCUUUCAUUUUACCUCUCUCAGUAAAGUUCACUUGAAAGUUGAAUACAGGGAUUGGCACACAGCUGUGCUUUUUCGUGCCAUUAGCAAUAUGUUGGCUUCUUAAAAGAAAAAAAAAAGUUACAGACCACUUUCCAACACUUUUGAAAGUCUGACCAGGAAAAUCCCUUUGUGAUCUGUAUUGAUCUCUACAUUAUAUGGGCAGUGUGAAUAUUUACACCAAGGCUAUUUAAAAAUAUUUUCUUUUCAUUUACAAAAUUAUCCAGUUGUAUUUACCUUUUUUUUAAAACUAUUGAUGGCACAAUAAAAGGUACAUUUGCUCUAUUGAGAGAAAUGACUACCUACAUGAGUCAACUUUUUUAGAACUGAUUCACAAAUAGACAAUCUGUGGUUUAAAUGCACACUUAGAUUACCUAUAUUUUAUACCAUUGAAUCUAUAGAGGUUUAACUAACAGAACCCAGGCACAACUUUGGGUUUUUUUUGUAGAUUUAUGUUGUGGGUCAUCUGUGUUUUUUGGGGGGGUUGGGUGGGGGAUGUCUUCAGUGUAUUACAUUUUUAAAGAGGACUAAAAAUCAGUUUGAUUAUUGACUAUUUAAGGGUCAUUUCUAGUAAAUUUAAACAAGUUAAAAUUCCUCUCUAUUAAUGAUAAUUUUGAUUUCUGGUUUAAAUUCGUUUUUCUUUUUAAGGGUCACAUUGUGAGGCUAAUUGUUUUCCUGUGUUAUAAAAGUGUUCAACUUUGAUGGUACGUCUUGUUGACUUUCUGUGAAUUUCUCAUUACUAAUUUAAUUAAUGGAUGUUUCACGUUGGUUUAGUUUGAAUGCCUCAUGUUGAAAGAUGAUUUCCAAUGUCUGUUAAUCACACAGAUGUUAGAAAAUGUUUUCUUUUAUGUUGUUGAAGUGCCCAUGUGUCAAACUGAGUUUUUGAAUACACAAGUUUGUUUUUUUUUUUGCUUUUUUUUUCUUCCUGUAUGAAGUUUUUCUUUAUGUACACACACACACUGCAUCACACAACACUUAACCAUGGUUGCAAAUGUGGGAGCCCCUGAAGAGGAGAUCACUUGGACACAACACAGCCUGUGGGUCUCUGCACAUUUUAGACACAUUUUGCUUUUUUUCUUCGAUCUUUUUGCUGAUUUUUCUUUCAAGUGACUUCCACCGGCAUGUUUCAGUUGUACACCUCGCACAGCACGUUAAAAUGACUACAAUCCACCACAUAAGUGAUGGUUUACAAAAACAUUCCAUUAUUCAGCACAAAGUUUACACUUUUAUCAGGGUCGCAUAUUUCUCUGUAGAGUUACACAUUGUUGAGACAACCCUGGUUAAAAAAAAAAACAAAAAAAAACAAAAAAAAAAUACCCCAAAGGGUUCAUGAAAACUGCUUAUUUACCUGGUGGCGCUAAAGAGUUGUCAACUCAGGGGAUUUUUGUGUGUGAAACUCAACACACACCGGAUUUCAACACAAAAUGCACAGUUUUCACCAUUUGACCUUUUUUCAGUUUAGAUUUUUUUUAAAUUUUUCUGUCUCAAAACCCACGAGUAUACCCCCCAAAAAAAGGUACCAAAUUUGAAACAGUUCUCGAGGAAAGCGUUAUAGUUUUGUAAGGAAAUGUUAAGCACAAUUGUGGGAGCGAAUCACUUUUGCAGAAUGUGGUGUGUGUGAUUUUGAUCCCAAAAUUUUCAAGGUACCACUGAUUUCUCUUUUAAUAUGGGCAUGUGCUUUUUACAGUGUGAUUUUUCUAUCCAAAUGCAAUACAAUAUUCAAAGUGCCAUAUAUACGUCUAGAAACUGCCUACACAUUCUUAAUAGGCCUUGGUUUAGAGAUUGCUGCAGCCUUUUUUUUUCUCUAUUUAUGCCAGUGUCAUGAUAGCUCUUGUCACCUGCUAAUGUUCCCCUUAUCCCUCUACUUUGUGUGUUGAGUUAUUGGUACAUGUGUAUUGUGAUGUAUUCAAUUUGAAAAGUUGGUUUUGAAGAAGAAAUUUGUAGAUAAACAAUAAACUUCCCUAUACAUUUGAAGGUUAAACGUCUCUGUGAGUGCGCACACGUGUACUGGAACACUUCGCGAUACAAACCAUUUUUCUGAUCAGACGUGUCUGGGAGUUUUGUUUCUUUUUAAAUUUAAUCCAAAAUCGAGCUAAAGCACAAGUAAAGUCAGCUGGGUUGCCACAUUAAGAUCGUAGGUGUGAAUAAAAAUGUGUCGAUAUUGCAGGUUUGUGGUAAAACUUUACUGUAAACAGGUUGAAAGUCACAGCAGUCCCAACAGGAACUCGACUCACUUCAGGGGCUUCCAUCACAAAUCCCGAUCAGCUCUAACAAUCACUUUGACUCUUCUGUUGUUUUUGUAUUUUCUGAAGUGCUAUUUUAUUUUUAGUUUUCUCUCGACUGUGUGGUCUCUUUGCAUCUCUAGAUAUUGUCUUGAUCCAAUAGAAAAGGGUAUAAAAAAAAAAAUUAAUUUCUUCUGAUAAUCGGUAGGACAUUGUUCAUGUUCCAUGAAUAAUUUAGAUGUUUUGUCUUGUCUUGAGGAAAGCCAAAGUGAGUGCAUCUUGAUGUAAUCUGUAUUAUACAUACAGUUUAUUUCUGUUUGGUCUAUUUUGAAUUUUUGACAGUGGGUGGGAUUAUGAAAAGGAAGUAAAAACAGACCAAAAAAAAGACAAAAAGAUAAAAAACAAAAAAAAAAAAAAACAGGCUGUUAAAUUUCUACAACUGGUUGUUCAUAUGUAUUUUGUACCAGUAAAGCUUUUUAUAUUGGAAAUUAAAGGAGAAAAAAAAUCUAUUGAAAAGGAAAAAAGAGUUGUCUGGCCCCUCGAUGUGGCCACGCCUUGACCAGGUCUUAAGUUUGGCCUCCUUGGUGGUGUCAAGCAAUUUUUUUUUUCUUGUUUUUGCCUCUAAAAGAUGCCUGAUUUUUAAUUUAACUUCGAUCUCUACAUGUUCCUCACUUCGUUAAUCAGUUUCGGGGAGGGUUGGGAUCCUCUAAGUCGUGGUAAGUUUCAUGUUAGUAUUUGUGCUCUCCACAUGAUUGAAUGGUCAGGAAUUUUGACAAUUUGUGUGGAUAAUUGUCUUAGUUUAAAAGUUAACUGUUUAGUUUGAGCCUUGCUUAUUUUGUGUAGUUGUUCUUUUUUUUUCCCCCCACUUAGCGGAGUGUGUAGCUGAAAGACUGUUCUUUAUUUGGUCAAUGUUUGUUUAUGUGUGGUGUGUUUCUUUGCCUCUGUCUCCAAAUUAAACCAUUUCCCCUAA